UUCAGCUCGGCCAGUAGCAGGCGUAUCACAGAAUCUUUCUUCCUGAAAAACCACCCCGGUUUUGUCUUAGUCCCUCAUCAGAUGGCCUAUGUGAUUGAACGGUUUGGCCGCUUUCACAGAGUGCUGCCCUCGGGCCUUCAUCUGCUCGUGCCUGUUGUGGAUCGCGUCGCAUAUGCGCAUUCUCUGAAGGAAGAAACUUUGAUUAUCCCGAACCAGACUGCCAUCACGCGAGAUAAUGUGACCUUGCAGAUUGAUGGCGUGCUGUACGUUCGCGUCGAAGAUGCUUACAAGGCGUCUUAUGGGGUGGAGAACCCGAUAUUCGCAGUAACGCAAUUGGCGCAGACCACCAUGCGCUCUGAGCUGGGAAAGCUGACGCUAGACAACACCUUUCUUGAGCGCGAUGCUCUGAAUAAAGCGAUUGUAGAGGCGAUCAACUCGGCCGCAAAGCCCUGGGGUGUGACAUGCCUGCGUUACGAGAUACGAGAUAUCCUGCUUCCCGCAAAUAUCCGAAGCGCAAUGGAACGGCAGGCCGAAGCGGAAAGGCUGAAGCGGGCCGAAGUUCUGCGAAGCGAGGGGGAGAGGGAGCGCCUGGUGAACUUGGCGUUGGGGCAGAAGGAAGCAACGAUUCUCGAUGCAGAGGGGCAUGCGGAGGCGGUGCGGCAAAGAGCUGCAGCCGCAGCAGAAAGCGUCAGGAGGAUUGCGGAGACUACGGGCAUCCCGGGCGGCAUGCAAGCCCUGAGCCUGCAAUUGGCGGAGAACUAUGUGUCUGCCUUUGGCCGUCUCGCUGAGAGCAGCAACACCCUCAUUAUUCCAGCAGAUGCCGCAAACACCGCACACAUGCUAGGGCAAGCCCUCGGCGUAUUCAAGGCCGUAGAUAAGAGUGUUGCACAAGCACCGCCAGCGGUCCCUGUUGCCCCAUCACCCCCGGCCGCCACUCUAUACAGUGAUUCUUUUCCGUGCAAGUCUGGGGGUGCGUAUCUAAACAAAAACUCAGCCACAGACUCAGACGCGUGUCCAUGGCGUGUUGCGGCUUUGUACAAAGGGCGUAGUCUAUCGUGA